AUGCAGAAGACACACGGGCAACGGGUUGAACUGUCGCACCGCAUGACGGGCAACGAAGCCGCCACCGACUUGUCUCGACCUCUCGACCCAGCAAAACAUGAGCGGCAAUUCUCGCCACCCAAGAAUGUAGAACAUCCGAUCUAUGUCACAGUCAGACCUUGUGGCGUCCAGGAUGAGAACAAGGCAGAAUCGAUGCAGAAACACCAUGUCGACGAAAUGAUACGGAGACACAAGAUGCUACUGCAGCAUCUGGAGUACAGCAAGAUGGUCUCGGCAGAUGAGACCGAAGAGCAUACUGCAAUCAUUGCCUCGCUGCACAUGAAGUUGGCGGAGUUGCAGGAGACUGCUGAAGCUCUCAGUAUUUCUCGGUCGGAUGUUCAGUUCACUGCGAGCUCUCCCAUCUCUUGGUCGUCGGUGGCUACAUCUGAGAGGGAGAGCAAGAAGAAAAUCAGUUUCUCCGACGAAAUUUCGGAUGCUCGAUCUCCUGAUUCCGAUAGAACACUCAAGACAACAUGGGAGUCGUCACCUGAUCAGAUUUCCCCACCAGCUCUUUUCACCCAUGAUCCUUUUGAGCACGGUCUGAAGCAGAGGACUGCAACGCAGACAUUUCACAGCAGUAGGGACCGAGACACCAACGAAUCGCAGAGCAGAUCAAGCAUAAUCUACAGCCAUGUUUGUCUCGAUGACAUCUUAGAGUCACAAGACCCGCAAGAGAUUGAAAUGCAGAAGAUUUUACAAGAGAUCGAGUUUUUAGAUAAGAAGCUCACGGCAAAGAACAAGAGCAUAUCAGCGGAAACGUCAAAAACAUCACAGAUGCAGAACCGCAAGAGAGGAGGAGUUCCACGGGAAUUUCGUGACAUUCUGACACCCCGUUGUAAACCGUGGAAAUGA